AUGAGAGGACUUCAUACUAUUUUACCUCUAUUAAGGAGGAGGUUACCUGGCAGGCCAUGUGUCAAAAGGAAAAGAGAUCAGGCAGAAAGAGAGCUAAGUGGACACACAAGGCAUACUGUGUCAAGGGCAGACAUUCCUUUAAGAUGUACCAUUUGCCACCAAACUGACCACAACAAAGCCACAUGCCCAAGUAAGCCAACUCCAGCUCCAAGCACAACAGGUCCAAGUCAAUCAACUCCAGCUCCAAGCACUCCUACUCCUGUUGUAAAUGAAGUUCCUCUAAAGAAAGCUCCUGUCAAGAGAACUCCUGUGAAGAAAGCUCCUGUGAAGAAGGCUCAUGUGAAGAGAAGUCCUAUGAAGAAGGUACCUUUGAAUGAUGCUGGUAGGGUGAGAAAGUUUUCAGAAAGAAUCAUAGAAAUUGGUCUUCAGAAAAAUGUUAAAGUCAAGGGUGGAACUGGAUGCAACCAAGACAAACCUGUGACCUUAGAGUAA